UUUAUUUUUGUGAUUGUGAAUGUGACUGUUACAAAAGAAUAUGGUUUUGUUUAUGUCAUUGACUUGUUAAGAAAUGUAAAUAUUUCAUUCCAUGAGUGUUUCCGAAAUAUGAUUCAGGGGAACAGCCAAUAUUUUGGAAUAUUGCUUUGAACAUCAGUUUUCUAGUUUCCUCAUCUCUUCCAAUAUGAGCAUGUUCUACAGCACUUGUCUAGACGAGUACUGUCAAUACCGUAUCAUUUUCCCGGCUGCUUUCACAACAGUAGCGUGUCGGGGAUGCGGUCAGACUCACAAUGUGAAAGAAUUGCCCGAUAAAAAACCUGUUGAGGGAUUGGAAACCAAGCUGCAAAGUCUAUUGACCAGUUUGUUGGUAGAAACUCAGACUCCUAAGAGAGGUCCUGAAACAAUUAAAGUGCUCGGAGUUUCAAACUACCAUCACAAGCUGUUGUCCCAUCUGUUAACGACUCAUGGAAUGGACAAGAAGACAGGAAAGGCGAGACCGCUCAAGGAGCUUCUGCAGAGACCAACAUUGGACUGUAGUGUGUUCGGAGACAGAUGCUUCAGUAUCGAGGAGAGACAUUUGAACAUCAGCGGCUACGGCAGGGAUCAGAGCGGAAGUGCUAGCUACCUUGCAGACACACUGGCUCUGCUACUGCCUUACAAUGAUAACAAAGAGACCCUAGUUCCGCUGCACGUAGAUGGCGAUGGCCAUUGCCUGGUACAUGCAGUUUCCAGAGCGUUGGUUGGCCGAGAAAUGUUCUGGCACCCGCUGCGCGUUGACCUCCAAAUUCACUUCAAGGAUCAUUUGGAUACUUACAAGGAACUCCUAGGAGACUUUAUCAACGGGUCGGAGUGGCCGUGUAUCAUUGCGGAGUGUGACCCAGACUUUGUCCCACCUGAUGGUAUCGUGGGUCUAAGACCCAUCCAUGUGUUCGGGCUGGCAAAUGUACUGCGGCGACCCAUCCUGCUGCUGGACUCAGUGGCCGGCAUGAACACUUCUGCCGACUAUGCCGCUGUGUUCCUACCGGGGUUGUUUCCCCCAGAAAGGUGUUGCAACAAAGCAGGCAGGCUGAACCCCCCGCUGUGUCUAGCCUGGAGCAGCCCGGCCCGAAACCACUACAUUCCUCUGGUCCCCGUCAAAGAACGCCCAUUGCCUCAGUUCCCCAAGUCACUACUGCCCAAAGUGUGGGGACUUCCCCAGUCUGUUCUAGAGCAGUAUUUACAGUUCAACGAGAACAACUGCCUCGUCAUCGGUGGUGAGAACUGCAUACAGGCUGGCUACAUGCUGCGACUGACUUGUGCUAUGGAUGAGUUGUUCUACAACAAGUAUGGAGCUCAAGCUCAGCUGGUAACGGACAUGUAUCUGUAUCAGUACGCUAGCAGGAAAACUGGUGCAGGACUGCGGAUGAUGUCAGUAGUGGAAGCUACAACCGCAGCUCUGCAGGAUCGCAGGCUGCAGCGCUGUCUGGUGUGUGACGCUAUCAACAUUCUACCUCUGAGUGACGACUGGUUGCGACCGCGCGGCUUCCUCUACGCAAUGGCCAAGAAGCAAUACGGCUUCCUACAGGAGGAUCGCAAGUACCCCUUCACGGCUUAUGGCGUCACAUGUACUUACAAUGCUAAAAAAGACAUGUUGGUAGUAGACUCUGCUCUAAGUAUGGACAGCUGCAUGUUCUGUAGUGGGAAACUCCGCAUGAUUCAUCAUGAUGGCACAGUGGCAUACGAGAACGGAGACGUGACAAACGAACCCGUCAAGAACCCUUUGAAUCGUUGUCCCUGCGGCUUUAAACAUUGGUGGAAAGGAGUGGCUUACGAUAAUCCACCUGUAGAGAUCCCCGUGUUGAUGGAAUGGAACGGAGUGAGUGUUGGUGACAUUGUUCACUGGUUCCAAUACGAGUCUGACAGACGACUGAACAGCAAUGCGUACCAGCUGGCCUCCUUCCUGUUGCAGAAACACUUCCCAGGUGAAUUUGGUUCGGAACGCCUGCAUCAAAACAUUGUCCAACAGAUUUUGGAGCAGGUGAAGGAAUUACCACCGGCCCCCCGAGUUGAUUCUCCUGUCGACAUGAUGGAGCAAGACUCACAGUGCAAGGAGGAGGCUUGUGGAACCAGUGUUACCACCCCUGUAGCAGUGAAUAGUGUCGACCCACCAGCAAUGAACAGUGCCACUAGUGCCAACACGAGUGAACAAAGUGACGCAUGUGCAAGUGCUCAGCGGAAAAAGAAAACGUUGAUGAAGCCAGAACACAAACCGAGCACCUCGAGGACAAAUCCCAAUGUGGGUCGAGGUUACCGCGUGGGCCCCGGGAUGUCGAUGUUGUCUUCUAUGCCUGUAGAGCCUAACUCUGAGGCCAUGGACCGAUUCCUGCAGUUGAUGAAACGCAAAGCUCCAUCGCCCAGUUCCCCAGACUCGCCCAGCCCUUCUACUAAACAUUUCAAAUUGAAAUAGUCUUGAGUAAACUAUGUGGGAGUUCCUGUGAUUGUGAAAAAUUUAGUGCUAUGUUAGAUAAACGCUCUGUACAGUUUGUUAUUUAAACUCGCUAUAUUAUAUUGUGAUAUUGAUAACUUUACUUCAUAAAUAUUAUAUAAGUUAUUAUAGUUUAUUAUCUUUAUUUAUUACUAUAGCUAUAACAGAUUUUCUUGUACAGACAUUUCACAACUAAAAUAUAGUUUCUCCGUUGGAAAUAGUUAGGAUUUUAUUUGGCUAAUCCUCCAUGGUGCUGAUAUAUUGCAGCGUUGUCUGUCAAAUAUUUUGGCUCUUAAGUUGUUUGCUGCUUUGUUCCUUUUGUUUGAAUAUGGGUACUUUCAUACUGGUUUUUUAAUUUGGUAGAAUCGCUUAUUUACCGUCAUCUAAAAAAGGUGUAAGGCAAAAUCAUGCGGUUGAUGAUCUUGGAUUUGACCUCGAUUAUGGCCAAACUUGAUCAGGGGAAAUUGACACUGACGCGUCCGCAAUGUAGAAACUUGUGAUGUUGCCAUGAUUGCUAGAGGUAAUCACAAGUGUUACCGUAUUCGCUACAAUUCCUCAGAUCAUUAUUGUUAUGAGUGAUGAAUUUGAAUUUGAAAUUUUAGACUCAAGUUUUAGGAUUUGAAUUUUAUCAUCAUUAUCCUUGUAGUGAAGGCGAUUUCUACAAAACACUACUACCCCAUUAAUAAUGGAUGGAUUUUUACAAACGAUGUGUCAAAAUUAAGUAUUUUUUUGUGUAGACGCCCCCUUUCACCAAUUACUGUGAUAAAUGUCCUCGGGCUUUGCCCCGCAGGCCAUCAAAGUCCCAGUGUAUUUUUUAUGAAGAAAAUUUACUACCCAGCUGUUUAAUACAUCUUAGUUCAGUAGUGGGAUUUGUCAAGUGUCAAGAUAUUUUGCGUCAUUGUACAUGUUGUUAGUUGAAUAUAAACAAACAACACAUUCUUUUCUGCAUUCACCCCGAAGCACGGGCAGAGCUAGUUGUCUGUAAUAGCUGCAAUUAACCAAAACCUAAAACCAAAAUCAACAUAUCUUAUGGUGAAAUGUAUACAAAUCCACAUGUUCAUGAACAAUAACUAUGUACAAUGCAACAAAUGUUUUCUACCUCCUUUUUAAGUGUUUUUUUAUCUACCUACAGAAAAAAUCACAUGUUUGCUAGCUUCUUUUUAAAAUUUUUAUUUUAACUAUCUAAACUUUUAUGUUUUAAAUAUUUUUUAGUCAUUUUACUCCACUUUAAUUGAAGUGAAUUUAGGUAGGUACUUUGAAUGCUUUUUAAUUUACUAGCUAGAACAAAGUGAAUUUCCUAUUGGUUAUCUUGUAAGAGUCAAAGUCUGUUACCUAAGGUAUGCUUAUACAGAAUACAUUAAUUUAUUUGGAUUGCUGUGUUUUAAUAUAUCUGUGUUUGACUUGUCUUUGAUCAUUUUAACAUCAAACUGUUUUGCAAUGCUCGUUGCAGCAAACUUGAAAGUCUUAGGGGUGUUCUAACUGUAAAUUUCCUUUUGUUGUGAAAAAAAAACGCUAAAGCAAGAAAAAAAUUGCUCUUCAGUUUUGCUGUGGGGGGUAUUUUAAAGUUUCUUUUAAAUUUUUGAAGUGUCCUUAUUGAUAUCUAUGAAUGUGGAGUGCUUAGAAUACUUAUCAUGAAGUAUAUUAUUGUAAGGUAGUAUUAAAUAUUUUGUUACUCUAAAAUGAUUGUCUGAUUAUAUUUUUGGUCAAUUAGCUUUCUCUGGUUUAUUUAAAGAUUAAUUUUUCUUCUGUUUAACAAACUAAAGAAUUCAAGUUAGGUUUCUCAGGACAGGUAUUGGUUUUGUUCAAUUGAACAGUAAAAUUGUCUGGAUUUACUUAAGUGUGUGAACUUGCUUAAGAGUGACAUAGGCAGGACACAGUAAAAAUAUCUAGUUAUGCUGCUGUAUGCGGUUUUUACCCAUGAUGAGUAUUUGUGUGUUUCACUAAAAUACUUUAAACAAUAUUCAAAGAAAGUGUUAAGGCCCAGAACAACUGUUUGUUUUAAUGAUCAAGCCAGGCCAGUGAAAAAUAAGUUUUGUUGUUCUACUUACCCAACCGACUGAAAGAAUUUGUGAGUUUAAAAAAUUAAAUGGUUAAAGCAAGAUGUGUUAUUUAUAAAAUCUGUAUAUUAUUACUUUUUGUUUUUGUUGUACAAUUAUUCAUGCAUUUCUAAAAAAUUUAUAAAGUCUUUAAAAAUGUGGACAUGUACUAGAUUUCACAACUAGCUUCAAUCAAAUAUGUUUUUAUUCUUUUGUACCCCACAAACAGAGCUUUCUUAAAAACAUUUUGCGACUUUGUUUUGCUCAUUUAAUAAUUUAAGGAGGCUAAUAGGUUCCAUUUGAUUUCAUACCCCUUUACACAUUGGCCACUGGCGCCACCAGUUGCUCACGGCUAAUAGCGGCUUAAGAGAUAAAAGUCUAAAAGUCAUAUAGUUAGGAGUUUGUUCAAAAUUAAUUUUCUUCACAAUUGAUUACCCUAUUUGGUCACACCAUCACAUAUCUCAAAUAACGUAAGACUAUUAAGUAUAAAUUAAUUUGUGUUUUUGACAAAAAUUAGGAAAACAUUUGAUCCAUUCUCUCUGCAAACAACUUUAAGAGCUAGCUUUAGGAUAUUUUUAACUCGAUAUUUAAGUGACGUGAAGUAAAGACACAGAUAGAACUUUAGUGAUUGCUCAACGAAUAUUACGAUAAGUAGAAAUUAUCAUUCGGUUUUGAUAGUAAUUUGUAAAUUGCUAGUUGGUAAACUCAAGUAUUUUUUUACUUAGCUUAGCAUUUUCGUUGUUCUUGAGUUUUCUUGAGGGAUAAAUAAUAAGUUUAAACUAUUGUAUUGUAUGUAAUAUCAAAUAAAAAUUAUUUAAAGUAAA